GCUGCGCCCCCGACCCCCAGCGCCCGAGCUCGCAACAAUGUAGCAGGGGCAGCUGGGCUGCGCUGCGGACCCGGCGGGUCGUGCUGGGGCCGGGCGGACCCUGCGCUGCGGACCCGGCGGGCCAUGAGCAGUGUCACCGGCAGAGACGGGUGAGCACCUGGGGCAGGUGACGUGCCCUGGCGUGGGCUCUGGCACACACUGCUCUCUUCACCUCUGCGUGAUCCGGCAGGUUGGCCUGCUAUGGAAUGUGAUGAGAAGCUGGUCCGGUUCCGACAGGCCCACCUCAACCCCUUCAACAAGCAGCUCCUGGGGCAAGGCCAGCAUGACCAGGAGCCUGGGGACGACCUUUCUUGUCGAGACUCGCUGCUGGGGCUGUCCCACGGGGACCCCGGGUUCCAGUGCUCGGAGCGCGUGAUGGACUUGGGGCUGGCGGAGGACCACUUCUCCCGUCCUGUGGGCUUGUUCCUGGCCUCAGACAUCCAGCAGCUGCGGCAGGCGAUCGAGGAGUGCAAGCAGGUGAUCCUGGAGCUCCCUGAGCACUCGGAGAGGCAGAAAGACGCUGUGGUGAGGCUCAUCCACCUGCGCCUGAAACUCCAGGAGCUGAAGGACCCCAGCGAAGACGAGCCCAACAUCCGGGUGCUCCUGGAACAUCGCUUCUACAAGGAGAAGAGUAAGAGCGUCAAGCAGACGUGUGACAAGUGCAACGCCAUCAUCUGGGGCCUGAUUCAGACCUGGUACACCUGCACAGGGUGUUACUAUCGCUGUCACAGCAAGUGCCUGAACCUCAUCACCAAGCCCUGCGUGAGGUCCAAGGUCAGCCACCAGGCCGAGUACGAGCUGAGCAUCUGCCCUGAGACAGGCCUGGACAGCCAGGAUUACCGCUGUGCAGAGUGCCGGGCGCCCAUCUCCCUCCGGGGCGUGCCCAGCGAGGCCAGGCAGUGCGACUACACCGGCCUGUACUACUGCGGAAACUGCCACUGGAACGACCUGGGCAUCAUCCCGGCCCGUGUCAUCCACAACUGGGACUUUGAACCCCGCAAGGUCUCCCGCUGCAGCAUGCGUUACCUUGCCCUGAUGGUGUCGCGGCCAGUGCUCAAGCUGCGGGAAAUCAACCCCCUUCUCUUUAACUACGUGGAGGAGCUGGUGGAGAUCCGGAAGCUGCGCCACGAUAUCCUGCUCAUGAAGCCCUACUUCAUCACCUGCAAAGAGGCCAUGGAGGCUCGUCUGCUGCUUCAGCUGCAGGACCGGCAGCACUUUGUGGAGAACGACGAGAUGUACUCGCUGCAGGACCUGGUCGACAUCCAGGCUGGGCGCCUCAGCUGCUCCUUAACAGAGAUCCACACCCUCUUCGCCAAGCACAUCAAGCUGGACUGCGAGCGGUGCCAGGCAAAGGGCUUUGUGUGUGAGCUCUGCAAAGAAGGGGACGUGCUCUUCCCGUUCGACAGCCACACGUCGGUGUGCACGGACUGCUCUGCUGUCUUCCACAGGGACUGCUACUAUGACAACUCGACCACGUGCCCCAGGUGUGCCCGGCUCAGCCUGAGGAAGCAGUCUCUCUUCCAAGGCCCCAGUGCAGAGGAGCAGGCCUAGGGUCCCCCAGCGCCCCCCAGACCUGGGCACCAAAGAACAUUGGCGAGAACUGGGCGUUCCAGAGGGGCGGCUGCAGCGCUGGGGCUGCAAGAUCUGAACUCGCUGCCACUGGGGGUGGACCCCGGGCCAGGGAGCCAGGAGUUGCACAGGCCCGAACGAGUGCUUUGCUCUGGGACUCGGACCAGCCCAGCACGCUGCCUGGUGCUGGGAGCCAGCUCAGCAGAUUCUGAACCCAGCUCUGAGAACUCCCUGGGCUGGGGCUGAGCGUACUGGAGUGGCAGGAGCUACUGGGGGGCUCUCACUGUCCCAGCCGGCCUCUGCCUCUAGCUGCUCUGCCUUGCAGCUGUGCAAUGAAGCAGGGCACAUACCCCGUGCUGUGGCAGGUGUUACCAGGGGUGACGGUGCAGGAAUCCGUGGGGAAAGGAGGGGCCUGGUGUCCCCGACUCACUGACAAAGGGGGACUUGAGAUCAGCCUGGAGCAGAGGUGUUCCAGGGCUCUGCCACUUGCAGGUGAUUUGCCCCCGGCCUGUGCUGAGGGUUGAGUUCCCUGCUGCAGGCGCUUGCUGGCCCAGGCCAAGUGGGGAGAGGAGGGAGGUGGCUGUGGUAAGGAAGAGCUGCUGUGUUCUCCUCCCACGCUGAUCACGGCUCUAACCCCUCCUUUGGAUAAGCCCUUUUCUAACACCGCCUCUGCGCCCCAGCAAGCCUCCUGGCGUGGGCCGGCGUGCCAGCCUCCAUUGGCGUUACAGCGCUCCCUCUGCCAGCUGCUCGGUGCUCUCAGGUUGGUGCAUUCGCGUCUAAAGGGCCGCGUUGGUCUGGCCUCUGAAUGGCCGGGCUGGCUUCGGGGGUGGGCCCAGGGAGCCUCCUCUGGAGGUGUCUGGCCGUGGCCCAGCUGGCGAGGGGCCUGUGGAGUGUGACACUCAGGCUGGUCCCUUGGGGACAAGUGUGCACAUCACGUCCCCGUCCUCUCCGGCAGCACUCAGCCCUGGCUGGGCCGGGCCGUCGAUCUGGCAUGUUCCUCUCCUGUCCACGGGCUCUGCAGGGCAGGAGUGAGGAUCAGAGGCUGGGGGGAACCGGUGUGGGCUGGUGGAAUGGUUCUCACUCGGUUCUCAGCCUCGCUAGGCUGAUCUCGCUGGCCUCCCCGGAGCCUGAGCCCUGGGGGUAUGCCCUGUGCUGAGGGAGGACGCGAAUGCCAUGGGCUGCAGGCUGGAGCUCGUUGCUGGCGCUGCCUCCCUCCAGCUCCCUGUGAAUGCGGCUGGCACCUCUUUGGCUGUUUAAAGAGAGAGACACUCCGCAGAAAUGAGUUUGGGGCUGAGGUAGAGCUGCUCUUUACAUGGCCUUUCCCAGGACCCUCCUGUGCCAUUCAGAGGCCAGGGCCUCAGGUUGGAGUCUAGCUGCUUUAGUCUUGUAUUUAUUUCUGUGCCCAGCCUGGCAGUGCCCAGAGCAGUGCCAGCAUCUCUCCUCGGGGCUGGGAGUGUAGGGCUUGCAGUCCGCUGGCUCCAUACACUGACUGCUGCAGGAGCUCAGAGUGGCACUGGCCUCCCGCGCCACCUUGCACCCUUACACGCAUGUAAGUGACCCCGCUGCCAGCCUGUGUCUCCUGCAGUGCAACUGCCGCUCUCCCUCGUCAGGGACAGGAAAGGCAGGAGACGUUCAGAGUCAUCCCCUUACAUAAAUAAGUACCUGGGAUGGGCCCCUCGAGCCUUGAACUCUAAACCGGCUGCCCCCCUCACACACCCCCGGCCCUCCUUUGAGUGGUACAGCCUGGAAUUUAAAAAUGCACUGGGGGGGAGGGGCUGCUGCUUUACGCAGAGGUUUGGGUGGGGGAGAGAGCACCAGGGCCGCCCCCCCUCUCCCUCACUGCUGCCUCUUGCCUCCUCCAUCUUGCUGCUGCUGUUACUGGGCUAGACAGGGUGGGGGGCUAGGAGCUAGCUGGGGUCCAUCUCCCCAUGCUGCAAUCCCACCUCCCCAGUGCAGGGCAGACGUGGGUGUUUUCAACAGGCAGAACCAAGGACUUGAGGCUGCUGGGCCCGGCAAGGGAGGGGCGCAGGCUUUGGGCAGUGACAGUGACGGAGCUCUGGGGGACUGCUACGGGAUGAGCACUAAUCCCUUUAGUCUUCCUUUUUCUACAGCGGGGGGAGCAGGGCUGCAGGGUGUGCAGGGCCGAGCCCCUCCGUCCCUGUCCCCAGGGGAAGUGGGAACUAGCAGGCUUUGUUCUAAUCGCUUUUCCUCUUGUGGGUUCCGCUCCAGCCGGUCUGGGUGCUGCUCUCGCACCACCGGGGGAGGCCUGUGUCCGAAACGCCGGGGCUAGCCAGUGAAACACACACUACCUGUUUGGAACCCGCUCGCCUGAUUUCCCAGAGGACGCGUUUCCCCUGCUGGGCCAUAUCCACUCCCUUUGCAUGAGGGACUUGCUUGUAGUCCCAGUGGUAAGGGCAGGCUGAAGCCAGCAGAGGCCCUGAGCUCUUGCUUAGAGCUGGAGUCCAAUCAGAGGGGGUUGGAAUGGAAACCCCACCUCUGCUGAAUGGGGGUGAGCAGUCAGACCCCUCCGGGAACCGAGCGGGGCCAAAGGUAGCACCCUCACCCCCUUAGCCAGUGGAGUGGGGGGAGGGCCAUUAUUGCCAGUUUCCAACUGCCUCUCCUGGCUCAUGGUGUUUGCUGUUAGCAAACGCUGGGAUUGUUACUGGGCUUCUGUUAACCCCCAUGCUCGGUUUUCACUUGCUCAUUUCAUUUCUUUCUCGGUAGUUCUCCUGGGAUGAAACUUCUACCCCCGCCCGCAUCCCACCCCCAGGACUGUUACACAUUGAAACCCUCCCACAGCACACUAGCAUGAACUCAGCCUCUGGUUCCCCUUUGCAAUGCGGGUGUUGGAUACUCAGGGUUUGGUGUGGUUGUCAUGCCCCUGGCCCUUCAACUCUAACUCCCUUUUUGGCUGUUUGUAACUUUCACCUGCUAGGCUGAAAGGUCCCUGUCCUGGGCUCUGAGCAGAGGCGAGCGCUUGGAGAAAGCUGGCCCUUGUCUCUUAGUUAAAACGAACCACCACGUGUCUGGGAGACUCCUCAAAAAGUGAGCUGCUGCCUCAACCUUCUCUGAAUGGUUUUACGUUUAAUGGCUAGUCUGCCAGGGCAGAUGUGCACCAAUGCGUGAACACUAGCGUGAGCACUUUAAUUUCUGUACAGAUGUGUACGUUGGCUCUGUUUGAGUAGAAAUAACAAACCUUGCUACAGAAUCAUUGUUUACCCUCCAAGUCUCUGACUUACAGGUGAAUCUUUCUUGGAUUCUAGAAACACUUUGUUUGCCUGUGUGGGUGAGAGAUUCAGAUGGCAGGCUCCAGGCAGGCAGGGGAGAGGAUCGUUGUGAAGCUGGGGUGAGGUGGUUGUUUUUUUUAAGUUUAGUUCCUAAUAUUGCAAUGACAAAGUCUUAAGAAGAGAGUGUUCUCCCGGCCCCCUCCCCACAGUUCAGAGGGCAGGACUAGCAGCGUGAGCGUGUUUUACACCCCUGCCUAGGCAUGGAAGAGCACUUGCUGAACCUGCUGUUCCACACGCUUGCAGAAGCCUGACAAGCAGCAUAUACCACAGGUUUGGCCACACGUGCUAGCCUGUGGCAGGAUGGGCAGUCCCGGAGGAAGGGUGCAAUUCCCACCUGUUCUCAGAACAUCACCUUCCAGGCGGUAUCGUGUAUAACCCGACUGCCAUAUGUUUAUCAGACCCAGUGCCGUU